GAAUUUAGUUAAACAAAUUCUUGUGCUUUUGAAUCAUCUGCUUUUGAAUCAUCUGCAAGAUUCUAUUUCUGUAAAAUUCGCCUUUGAUCCAACCCCUAACGCUAUUCUUGAACCACCUUGACUACGAAUUGUCACAUCUAAACUUUUGUAGAUAGAGAAUUAGGGUCCAUUUGGUAGGACUUCUACUUUGCUUCUUGUAAAAAACAUUUAUAAGGAAGUUACCUUGUCAAUUUGGCGGUACUUCUUCUUUUUAGCUUUUAAUUUUUCAAAAGUCUUGUCCCGAGACCACCUUUCUCCGAAAACCUCUUUUAGUCAAACAAAACACUUUCAAAAAAACUAUCCAAAUAUAUUUAAAAGCAUUUUUUUAGUUUUAGUAGUUUUUGACUUUUCGAAAACAUUUUCAAUCAAACCCUUAAACUAGGACUAUUUAUGUGAAGCUCAACUUAAGAAUUUUCUAAAUGUUCGGUGAAAUCAUAAGGCAGAUGAAACACAACAUAUUGAAGCAAAGAACGGUCCUUUCACAACAAAAUCUAGAUUUGUUCAGAAGGCAAAAACUGAUACAAACAACAGUUAUAAUUAAGAAAACCAGUGUUUCUACCACAAACAAUCCGUCAAGGAUAAAUUCCACUGUGAAAUGGUACAAAAAACAUCCCAGACUUCGGAUUAUUACCAUAAGUGUUAGUCCCUUAAACAAAUUUUUAUCUGUCAUUAAAUUUAGGUUUUGAACUCCAUCCCAGGUAAAAUAGGGUAAAAAUCUAUAGCAAGAGAAUGUAAAAGGACAUAGCAUAAGAUGUUUCCUAAAGUUCAAAGGAGAGGGGAAAAAAAAUUACUGUCACAUAGCCAUGGUAAAGUGAUCUGGUAAUAAAUCAAAACACAGAUCAAGAAUUGGGAAUUUAGCUCUCAAAUUGAAGAUCUUUGACUGUAAGUACAAGUGUAAGACCAGAGAAAGCAUUUUCAUUCGAAUCGAAAAAAAUAUAUAUAUAUAUAUUUUUCAUCAAAGAAAAAUGGCUUUUCUAUCUUCUCGGAUGGUCUCAUAUCUGACUCUAGUCUCUCCUUCAUUCUCCCGCGCUUCUGCAUCAGAAACCCAGUAUUUAAAUGUGAAUUCGUUUUAUAUUAGUCCAACAUUAAAAAUUUUAGUCCGUCCUGGCUCUGGCCCUGUACAGGCAUAUAAUGUAACAAACUUCUUGGACGACCAUCCGGGUGGUGAAGAAGUCCUACUAGCAGCAGCAGGUAAGGACGCUAGCGAAGAAUUUGAGAACGCAGGCCAUGGCAGUGCUGCAAGAUUGAUGCUAGACGAAUUCUAUGUCGGGGAGGUUGAUCCUUCGACCAACCCUACUCCGGCUAGCGCGAUUCUAUCUCCACCACAGCCUGAAUAUGACCGUGGCAAGACAUUGGAGUCUAUUAACAAGAUCAUCUAUUUACUUGUUCCUCUUGGAAUCAUGGCAAUUGCAAUUGGAUUUCACUUCUACGACUGAACUAUUUUACUUUUAAUCUCUUUCGAACAACUAAUCAUGUACAAGUGAAUUCAUGUUUUGGCACAUAACCUUGUAUGUUGCUAGUCUGUAUCAGGAUAUGGUUUUGAAAAUGUACUAUGAAGUAGAAAAUUAACACCUGAAUUCGCAUUGGAAAACAUAUCUCGAAUGCUAGUAAGGUUUGUUAUAGUUUCAUUUCCAAUAUUAAGUUUUGUCAGUACUUUCGUACA